AUGCCCAUCGCCGUCGCCCCGGCUCCUCGCAGCCACUACUCGCUCACCAAUGCCAUCCGCGGCAGGCACAAGCCCUCGUCUGACGCGGCCCCCCCGCUCCCCCAGGAGCCAGAACGCGCUCAGCUGCCCAAGGCCGCCUCGUACACAUACUUUCCCCAGGUGAAGGAUCUCGACAACGCCUCGCCCGUCGCCGAACUCAGAGCUGGCUCCGAGGAUGAUGCCGACCGCGCCAGGAGCGAGGAGAGAACCUCGGAGAGCCAUUCGGGCGGCUCCAGUCCCUCGUCAGAAGAAGCCCCCGAGCUGCCCGGUGUCCAGAUGCCCCAGUUACGAGUAGCAAUCCCCUCGCGUCGCUCGUCCCGCUUCCUGCCCUUCACCAGGAGCAGAGAUCCCUCCGCCGAGCCCAAGCCAGACCGCGGCCGCACCGAGGCCGUCAAGCAGGCAGACUCGCCCUCGAGCUCGCCCGCGCGCUCGCUGACCCUGCGCAGAAAGUCGUGGGUCAUUGGCCAGCCCCAGAACCACCGCGAGUCAACGUCGCCCGGAAAGGAGAAGAAGCUCAAGAAGAAGGAGUCGCCGGCCAGGAAGCCCCAGCCCGCCGCCGAUGUGCCCAAGCAGAAGACGACCCAGGGCCCGACAAGCAUCCCAGAAGAGUCGGAGGCGAGGGACACGGUGCACGAGGAAAUCCAGCAGCCGCCAUCCCUCAAGAAGAACAAGCGCCGCAGCGGCAUCUUCAGCACCUCUGCCAGCACCUCCAACCUGCCCUCGAUGCCCAAGUCGUUUUCGACGGAGCAGCUGCCUCAUUAUCCCCAAAACCAGACGCCAGUGAGCCCAACACACGUGGUUCCUCCGCUGCCACGCAACCCUUCCGCCGAAAAAUUAAAAGGCAUGACCAGAUUCCAAUCCAAAUCCAGUUCGCUCAAAGCAAAUGUUGUCCGCACUUCCCUCCUUCCCUUUCUCCGCCAACAUGCCCAGAAACCUCUAGACCAAAAGCUCAGGCCUGAAGACCUCGAUCGCCGUGUAAACAUACUCAAUGGCUGGUGGACCGGUCUCCUGGAGCUCGUUGCAGGACGGAACAAUCAAUCCAUCUCGGGCACCGAUCGUCCCGUCAUCUUGGAAGGCAUCGCGGCCAUUAUGGAGAGGCCCGAGUGGAGACUGUACCCUUCUCCCUUCUGUGCCCUUGCAGGCCGUGAAGAGAUCAUGGGUGCAUCCAUAACUGGCUCUAACGCUUCUACUAAUUCUGACUUUCUUGCAGAGUCGGUCCACCAUAACGUGCGCAACAUUUUCACCCAAAACUUGCAGUCGCAAAUGGCUUUUGUUGUGGAAAAGAUGUCUUUGCGGAAUGCCGCGGCCAGCCUGGUCACCUUCUGUGGAAAGACGUGUGCAUAUGCUUUCUGCUUUUGUCCUGGGGUGGCUGAUGUUCUAGUGCGUCUGUGGAGCCCGUCCCUCGAUAUGAUGAAGCGGGUCAUGGAGGAGUCGGGCGUAUCGAAGCUGGAUCGAUUGGACACCAUCUCCGAUCGAGUCGUGGCUUCUUUCCCGCCCAUGCUUCACUCGCUCAAACUGCUUUCUCUCAACAAGCUCAUGCGCCAGCUGCACAAGCCCACCCUGCCGCCGCUUGCCAUGGCCAAUAUUGACUGGUAUGGAAUGUGGACCAAGCGCUGGUCGGGCGCCGAGAGCGACCUUUUCUAUGUUUUUGUCAAGCACUUCCACAUCCUCAUGAGCGACUUUUUGCCUGCAGAGCCCUCUAACGCGGAGCGCAUCUGUGUGCCCGGCCUGAUCAUGGUGCACGCCCAGCUCCUCGUCAAUCUGGACGCCACCAUCAACAGGAAUGCAGUGCUGCAGCAGCUGUCUGAAGAAGCGUCGGCAACGGCGGCGGCACCCAUCACCUUUGAUGAUGUCCUGGAACCAGAUGCCUCGGCCUCGAAUCUUGCCAUUCCACCCGCAAACGCUACCCGCAUGAUGCAGGAAAACCGAAUCAUAAUGUUAAUACGCGACUUUCUCUCUGAGCGCAACGCCCAUCUUCAGAUUGCCAGGAGUAUGUUUGCCGAAAGUUUUGCCCGUCUCUUACAAGCGCAGGCGCGUAAGAUUUCCAUCUACGACAACAAUGCUUGCUACACGCUCUGCGAUUUUCUCGAGGAGGCGCUGGUCAUCAUGGUCCGCUAUGAGCAGCAUGACAGCAACCACCACACGGUCAUGGACUGGACUUUCUGGCUUUCAGUCUUCAAAGCUAUGGCGGCCAGUCACAACACUGCUACCGAGAUUAAGCUGUACGCUUUCCUCUACAGCAGUUGGGGCACCCUGACCAUGGACGAGCAACGGAAACAAGGGCUGUGCCUCGACUUUCUGCUGGACCCCGAUUUCUUCGAAAGCCGUUUCAACCACUGGUGCCCCAUGGUGCGCUCCUACUUUAUGCGGCUGAUCUGCUGGCGAGUCGCUCGUUUCGACGGCACCGAAACCGAGACGGAAGUAGCAAUCAAGCGCGCUUUGAGCGACCGUCUCCGGACAAUCUGGUCUCACUACCUCUGGCUUCAGGAAGAGGCCGAGCGCAAGCAAACCGUAUGGCCGUCGACGCAGGCUUGCAAUCCUGCACCAGGCCGCCGCUUCCUCAUUAUACGUAAUGAUAAUCCCAUUGUGGCCAACAGCGGCCCUUUUCUCUCGUUUGACGGCGUGGUCCAAAACCCCCACCAGCGAAAGCCCUCUCUUACAAGUAACCCCAUCCCGGAACCUGAACCCCGGCCAGCAUCUUCUUUGUCGACCGACUCGAACGAUUUCCCGGACGAGGACUCGGGCAAAGGCAGAUGGAGCAUCUUUCGCAAUCUCAUUGGAGGAGGCUCCAAGCAGAAUGCCAAAUCAAAGAGUCCUGGGCCCGCUGCUAAGGACAAGGAAAACGCUGGCAAGACAACGGGCACUAAUGGCACUAAUGCGUCAACCGAAUCAUCUUCCAACACUUCGGCUGCCGAAACGCCAGCGCCGGCACCGGCACCAGUCACUCACCGAUCGUACCAUUUCCGUUUCUCUCUCGAAUGGGUCGAUAAGCGCUUUGGUACCUACCAGCAUAUGCGCCUCCAGCCCCCUCGGCUCCCAGCCCCGGCCCAAACCCUCUUGCAGCAAAAGGGCAUCAACAUCGACCCUGUCCCCAGCGCACAGCCUACGGGCGCUGCUGUGACAUCGAGUACGUACGCCGGCCGCGCUCUCGCAGAAUGGACCUUUAUCAGCCAUGAAUGCCAGAACUUCUUCGAUAGGAGAAAGAAUGAAGGCGUGCCAUCGAACCGACAAGUGGAGACGCCCACAUUAAACGUCGAAGCCUUCAGACGGCCUGGUUAGACGGCACUACAAGGCUCAACAACACACUCGCUUCAGCAAACUCAUACAUAAUUUAACAAGCAUGCCGAGGUUCCCCAUGGACGUUGUCGGCAGGUUCGAUAUCCACCAACCCACAUUCGC